AUGCCCAAAGAACAGGUCCGCAAGAGAGGAAAGAGAAAGACAAAGGCCCAGGAGGAGGAGGCUCCUGCUCCCGUGGUCGCUCCCACGACCCAUGUGGCCGACCCAGAACCCUCGACUUCAACUGGAAUUCACCCUGCUCGAGCUGCCAUGCUCGCUGGACGUCCCAUGCCCAGGCAAGCACCUGCUCCCGAGGCGCCCCGACAAGAAGGUGAAGAAGGUGUCGAGGGCGCCGAGCUUGCUGAAGGCGAUGGAAUCGAUGGCCAGGCCGACUGGACAAGGGGACCUAGGACAGAGUCUGAAUUUCCGUUCGGCAUCUUGGACCCGGACGUGAAGGCGUACUUUAGGAGUAUCGAGGAUCAGAUCAAGGAUUGGGAGGGUGUAUCUUCUGCUGGAGAAGAGAGGGAAGACCGACAAAUAUUCCUCUCUUCUGUGCUUUCCGAACUGCGAGGCCACGAGCUGUCAGCGUCUACCGACCCCGAGACGUCCAUCAUUCUCGAGAGACUGCUGCCUUCGCUUAACGACUGGGGAAGAAGAGUCAUUGGAGAUUCGUUUGGAGACAAAUGGGAUGUCCUGCUGAGACACAGAUUCUCCAGUCACGUUGUGCAGACUUGGAUCACCCUUGCUGCCGACACUCUCGACCGAGAGGCUCGCGACAUUUGGCCGCCCCAGCAAGCUUCGCAAGAUAUUUCAGCCGGCCAACUCCCCACCAUGUCCGACCUCAUCACCUCCAUCGUCUCCCUCCUCCUCCCCACUCUCCCUCAACUUGUAUCAUCCCCAUACGCUUCCCCCCCUAUCCGUCUCCUCAUGCUUGUCCUCACUCCCAGACGGGCCCUGCCAGCUUUGGGCGAGGGCCAAGGUAACGAGAGUGGUAUCAUCAGGAGUAAGAGGUCUGGAAAGUGGAGAAAGGGACAGGAUGUCAAGGGCAAGAGUAUCCUGGGUGAAGAUGGCCCCAAGGACAAGUCCAAGCGCAAGCUUCCCAAAGAGCUCAAAUCGACGAGAAAGGAGAUCCGAGUGGCUUUGAUGGAGAAUCUCGAGGCGGCAGAGUGGAAGGCGAUGGCGGCCAAUGCGGUUGGGUGCCCGACAAUACAGCUCGUGCUCGAGUUCGAGGUGGACGACAAGGAGGUGGAGAAGGAGGGUUCGUUGUUUGACAUACUCACUGAGGGACUCGUCUCGCAGCUUGCUUCCGGCAAGACGGAAUUCGAGGCCCAGCCUUUCCUCUUGUCUCUCCUCGCUUCUCAGACCGGUACUCGACCCUUCGAGAGCCUUUUGCAGCUUUCCCCGGCACCCGUAUUUGGUGCGUUGUGGAAGACGUACUUUGAGGGCAAGCUGGGUAAGCUUGCAGGCCAUCCUUAUGCCAACUUUGUCGUUGCCAAGGGCGUGUCGAGGUUGGACAAGGACCAGGUUGAGGAACUCAUCAAGGAGGUCAAGGGAAACAGCGGUGGUCGAGGUCUCAUCAAGGCCGCCCGAACGAGCGUCAUCCAAGCUCUCGUCGACCGCUCUCUCACCAUCCCCGAAAUCCAAAAGCCCGUCCUCCAACUGAUUUUCUCCUGCCUCGAACUCCCCGCCACCUCCCAAAACACCCUUGUCCCCUGUCUGAUGACCCUCAAGACAUUCCCCAUGUACCAAGCUCUCAUCACCGGCGAGCCUUUACCGUCAGAUGAGCCUGCCCCCCAGGCGGAGGAAGGGGCGGAUGAUGACGCGGAGAAGGCUGCUGCCGCUGCUGCGAGGUUGGCAGCGUGGCAGAAUAGGAGGACGGCGAGACCGAAGGAUGAUCUGGCGCCUAAUAUACAGGGGUGUUUGAUUUUGCAGGCGAUGGUGGGGAUGGACCAGGCCAACGCUGCUGUUUUGGACUCUUUGACUUCAUUGCCCGUGGACGCUCUCAUCACCUAUGCCAAAUCCCCCAUCGCCUCCCGUCUCCUCGACAAGGUCUUUAUUGACCCCGCGGCGCCUAUCAAGUAUAGGAAGAAGCUUAUGAUGGUGUUUAUGGACCAUUACAAGCAGCUUGUGGAAGACAAGUUGGGAAGUAGGGUUGUGGAUAUUAUUUGGGACAGGGCGGAUGGUUUCAUGAAGGUGAGUCUUUUGUGUCCUGUUUGUGCACGGCUGACAAGAGGACAGGAAAAAAUCGCUCGAUCGCUCAUACCACACCUCACCUCUCUCGGUGGCUCGCAAUACGGCAAAUACUUUGUUCGCCGAGCCGAUAUCGUCCUUCUCAACCGCCGUCCCGAAGAAUGGCGCGAAAAGAUCCUGGCUCUCAAACACCACUUUGCCCACCAAAAAGAGCCUGCUGAGGAGGUCAAGAGUGAGGUCAAGGAGAAGAAGAGAAAGGAGCAGAGGGAUGAUAUUGAUGAGUUGUUCGAUGCGGUGGAGAACAAGAAGCGGAAGACUGCUUAG